GGGCGUUAGAGAAAGUAAGAGGAGUCAAACGCGGCCCAAGCAGGCAGGCAUCAGCCAUGAUGGACCCUGGCCAUGAGGUGGCUUGUUGCGGUGUAUCUCCCAUGCUUGCACUUAUAAAGCCCCCUCGACCCAGCGCAUUGAUUCCGCUGAUUCCCUCAAUAUAUCCAAUUGUCUGAGACCGCUCGUUUACCGUGUUAAUAGUCUUAUUCCAGUGAAGACGUUUGAAGUCCAUAUCCUUCGCUUUGUGAUACCCUCAACUGUUCGUCUCAGACGAUCAAAAUGCGUUUUAUCAACAUCCUUAUCUCCAUUGUGGCAUUUGCUGCUUCGGCGUUUGCCCUCACAAUCACCCAGCCUAGGGCCAACGACCAGGUGGACUUCAGCAAGCCCUACACCAUCAAGUGGACGACCGUUGCAUCUGACCCUUCGAACUUCACUCUCAUGCUAGUCAACAUGAACAGCCAGCCCAAUGUCAGCAAGAAGAUUGCCGACGUCAAGACCUCUGACAACGAGUACACCGUCGACAAGGUCACGGGUAUCCCAGUCGCUGAGGGCUACCAACUCAACGGCGAAUCCAACACCACGAUGAACACCGGCAUUCUGAGCCAGUCCCAGAGGUUUAAUGUGACCAAGGUUGGCAAAGUUGAGACAACUUCCUCCGCCACCACCAGCGCCACUCAAACCGCUGCCGCGUCCACCUCCUCGUCCGCCGGGUCUGCCUCGUACACCGGUCCCCUCUCCGGUUCCGUCGCUGUUAUCGGCGCACUCGCGAUGGGCGCCCUGCUGUAAGUGCAACAGAAACAGGUAUCCGUACUCGAGGUUACACAAUCCGGUCAGAGACGCGAUCGAUAAAUCCGACCCUUCCCGACCUUCGUUUCCUCGAUCCCAAAUUUAGAACACGACAGGCCGGUAAAUCAGCAGGCUUCAUAUUAUUUUCGCAAUAUGUGAAGCCUGUCAUAUUUGCUACUGCUUACUUUUCCCCCCUCCCCCACCUCACCCCCCUUCCCAAUUCUUACUGUCUAUCCUUUACGUCUUCACACGAGUGAAAUGAUCUGGUACAUUAUAUGGUUCCCUCUCCCCCUUGAUGAUAUAUAGUUUUGAAAUGAUGUAUGG